AUGCUGCCGCUCGCACUGUUGCUCUUGGCAACGGGGGCGGCCUCGCGGCCGUUCAACAUAACCCACCUGGCGGUGCCGCAAGUGGUGCCCCCUGGGCAGGCGGAGGUCGAGAUAGAGUGCCAGUACGACGCGAACUUCACCCUACUCAACUGGUUCAAGGGGCCGAACGAGUUCUUCCGCUACAGGCCCGGCGCGGCGCCCAGCACCCGCUCCUUCCCGAUACUGGGAGUGGGCAGGGUGGAGCUGGUGGCGUGUGGGCCGACCGCGUGCAGGCUCAAGCUGGGCGCUCUGACGGAGGAGGCGACUGGCUUGUACCGGUGCGACAUCGAGCGCGACGUGCCGCCGUACAAGUUCGAGACGCGCACCGCCUACAUGGAGGUCCACGGGCACGAGCACAGAAGACCGCUGCUGGAAGGGCUCGCCGAGGAGUACACGGAAGACGAGAGCAUCCAGGCCUACUGUCGAGGCGCCCCGGACGCCGAAAUCCGUUGGUACAUCAACGGCCGGGAGGUGGAGGAGAUGCGAGGAUCGGCGACCCUGAAACGGCAGAGCUCGCGCCUGAUAUUCCAGGGCGUGCCGCCGAUGGUCACUGUCCAGUGCGCCGAGUUCAGGUACGGGAAGCUGUCCGGCUCGAAGGAGACGAAGGCGCGGUGGAAGGACCUGGCCGCCAGCCAGAAAGACGAAAGGGCACAAGAGCAGCGGAAUAACUCCCCAGCAGUCGAUGUCCAGUUCUGCUUGGUCUUUUUGUGUCUGAUAUUAUUA